GAAGGGAAGGGGCGGGGCCUGUUGUCGCCUGCAACAAAGAUGGCGGCGGAGGGCCGAGCCAACAACAACAACAAGCGGAGCAGCUUCAAUCUCCGGCCUGGGGCCUAAGGCGAGAGGGGCUAAAGGCCCCAGAAACCACUCAGGCUACAGACAAAAACCGAGUUAUAUCCUUGUAGAAGUCCGGGAACGGAGGGAGGCUUGGGUCAGGGGAGGAAGGAUCUGCCCAGUUUGAGGCAUCAGUCAACAUGGCAGACAAGAACGAAGAGCUAGAUGUAAAGUCAGACCUCAACAGUGGCAGCCUGUGCAGCAGCCCAGGAGACACAGAGGAGACCCGGGAGAACUCUUCGGGCAUCGAGGUGGAGGCGUCAGACCUGAGCCUCAGCCUCACUGGGGAGGAGCAGCUGAUGGAAGCAGAGGAGGAGGACGAGGGACGAGGCAGUCGGGAGGGGGCUGGAGACGGCAGCCGGCGGGAAGCCCGCCAUGACAGUUCUGAUGAGCAUGACACUGAGUCCCUGGGAGACACCGGCAACUACUCGAUCGAGGAAGAGGAGGGGGACGAGGAGGAGGAGGAUGAGAGCAAGAUGCAGGAGGGGCGGGUGGACCUGCCUGGCCACCUGCGACGGCGUGGCCCCAAACGGGGAGCGAGCAGCGAAGCCGAGCGGGAACAAGACUCCUCCGAGGAGGAGGCAGCCCUGGAGCGCUGGGUCAACUCAGAGGUGGAGGCCCUGCCCCGGCCCACCUGGUGCCCAGCCCCUGCCCUAGGUGGGCGAGCCAUUGGCCGUGAUCCCCGAGCCUUCAUGUACCGGGCCUGCGGCGCCCGGGCCUUCGUGGAGCGCCUGCGCCUGCAGCAUGGCCUAGAGCGCCACACGGGCUGUGUCAACACCCUGCACUUCAACCGCCGUGGCACCUGGCUGGCCAGCGGCAGCGACGACCUCAAGGUGGUCAUCUGGGACUGGGCUCGUCGCAAGCCCGUCCUCGAAUUCGAAAGUGGCCACAAGAGCAAUGUCUUUCAGGCCAAGUUCCUGCCGAACAGUGGGGAUUCCACGUUGGCCAUGUGUGCCCGAGACGGGCAGAUCCGUGUUGCUGAGCUCUCGGCCACUGAGUGCUGCAAGUCCACCAAGCGAGUGGCCCAGCACAAGGGCUCUGCGCACAAGUUGGCGCUGGAGCCCGACUCACCCUGCACUUUCCUGUCGGCAGGAGAGGACGCCGUGGUCUUCACCAUCGACCUGCGCCAGGAGCGUCCAGCUUCCAAACUGGUUGUGACCAAGGAGAAAGACAAGAAGGUGGGCCUGUACACCAUCUACGUUAACCCUUCCAACACGCAUCAGUUCGCAGUGGGAGGCCGGGACCAGUUCCUCAGGAUCUACGAUCAGCGCAAAAUUAACCUGAACGAGAACAAUGGUGUCCUGAAAAAAUUCUGCCCCCACCACCUGGUUAACAGCGACUCGAAAGCCAACAUCACCUGUCUGGUCUACAGCCACGAUGGCUCAGACUUGUUAGCAAGUUACAACGAUGAGGACAUCUACCUCUUCAAUUCAUUUCACAGCGAUGGAGCUGAUUACGUCAAGCGCUAUAAAGGUCACCGGAAUAAUGCCACAGUGAAAGGUGUGAACUUCUACGGGCCAAAGAGCGAGUUUGUGGUGAGCGGCAGUGACUGUGGCCACAUCUUCCUGUGGGAGAAGCUGUCGUGUCGCAUCGUGCAGUUUAUGGAGGGAGACAAGGGGGGAGUGGUGAACUGUUUGGAACCCCACCCCCAUCUCCCCGUGCUGGCUACCAGUGGACUCGACCACGAUGUGAAGAUCUGGGCCCCCACCUCAGAGUCAGGCAACGGUUUGACGGGACUUUCUGAGGUCAUCAAACGAAACAAGCGUGAGCGUGACGAAGACUGCCUGCGUCACACCGAGCUCUUCGACAGUCACAUGCUCUGGUUCCUCAUGCAUCACCUGCGUCAGCGGAGACACCGGCAGCGUCGGCGGGAACCCAUCUCAGCACCAGAGGAUGAAUCCGACGACACGUCGAGCUCCUCAGAGACGUCAGAAGAAGAAGAGGAUGGCCCCGAUCGGGUGCAGUGUAUGCCCUCCUGAGGAAGGAGCUGUGGUUCGGGGGCGCCCACACGCCGCUCAGACUGAUGGGGGGAGGGGGGGCAGCCUGGGUGGGGAUAGGCAGCCACACCGCUUGACCAGGGCGGGGAGACACGCAGACUGAGAGAGAGCAGAUAGAAGCAAAGCUGACUGGGUGAUGGAAAGAGAGAACACCAACCAGACCCAUGGAUGGCAUCAACAUACCCAGACUCCUCUUGUUUCUGUCCCUCUCUCUCUCUCACAAUGGGGUGGCACGAGUCUGCAUGUGUCCCUGCAUCUUGUACAUCUGUUUCCCUGCUCUCCAGUUUUUCUGGUCUGUCUCUGUCUCUCUCUCUUUGUGUCUGUGUGUGUGUGUACAUGUCUCCCCCUCUGUAUGUCUGUCUGUCUCUCUCUCUCUCUCUCUCUGCGUCUUUGUGUCUGUUUCCCUCUGUUCCCCCACAUGCACUCACUCCAGUACUGACCUGUGCAAAUUGCCGCAGUAUUUUUCUGAUUGACAACUUUCUAAGUUUUGUAUAUCUACAGAUUCCUCCGUCCCUGCAAAACUGGCCGAUUUUUGGGUGGGUGGGAGGGUGGGGAAUAAUAUUUUAAACAAAUAAAAGUUCUAUGUUGAGAGUCUGUUUAAAAGUUUGGGAGAUGGGGUAAGUAUCCUGCCCUCUUCUUGCCCCUCUUCCCCACACCCCACUUCCCCCAUUAGGCCAUGUUGGAGGUGAAGGGUAUCCCCACUGUUGAGCCUGCAGUUUGAGAUGGUGGGGGGAGGAACUGCAAUUGACUGGUGGAUUUGAAAUGCUUUACAGAUGCCGUGACAGGUAUAGCUUGUUGCUUUCUGCGUUUUUGCCCGUUCUCGAUUUUGAUGGAUUUGGAUUUAGACCGCAAUUAAAAACUGCAUUGAGUGA